CCUUGGGACUUGAGAGAUCCUGUGAAGUCUCCAAGAUAAACCCAAUUGCAGGGGAAACGUGCUGGUCUCGCUUUCCUCCGUCCUUCAGCCCUGUUCUCUUCGUACGUUCCUGUGACGAGCCAAACUGCAUAAUUCCCUGUAUUUUCCUGUGACCAACGUCCAACAAGAAACUCAGGCACCCAAGUUCUUGAGGGAGCAUCUACUUCCCAACUACCUCGAAGACAGACCGUCGGGCAAGGCCGACUAACCAUGACAGAGGUAGCCGCCAACUGGAUAACCAUCGAGCCUCCUCAUCUCAAACACACCUCUCUACUCGCUGCUAGUGCGGGUACAACUUCCAUUUCACUACCCGCGUCCGACGAACCCCAGUUUGCUAUCGUUUUCCGUCGUCAACGCGUUCGUUCUGGAGGGGAACCAAAAUUCACAGCCGUUCCCUCGCGAUUCUCGAACCUUACCAAUGAUUUUGAAUUUGCUGGAUGGGGAACCAUCUCGCAAGUUAACCUCACCCCAGAUGACCUUUCCCAUGGAAAGGAUACUUGGCACAAUUUUCACAACCAGCAGGUGCUCGGUCUGUUUGAAGCAAGUGCACUCGCCGCCAACGACAUUCUAGGCGGCGUGUUUUACACUCUACCCAGCGUGUUUGCCAUAUCUGGGGUAUACUCGCCAAUUUCUCUUUUUGUCGCGGCAUUAUCGCUAUUUCUUUGGCGUCCUGUCAUGGAAGAACUGGGUUCUGCUCUUCCUAUAAGUGGCGCACCCUAUACAUACCUGCUGAAUGUGUCGACGAAGUUCGUUGCACUUGUCGGAGCAGCAUUGUUGUUACUGGACUUCGCGGCAACGGCAGUUACAUCUGCUGCAACUGCUAUGGCGUACCUUGCAGGCGAAUUAGCUAUCCCAUUUCCUCUCUACGUUGGAACGUUGCUUGUCUUUGUGCUCUUCACAGCAGUAAGCCUAGCUGGACUUAGAGAGAGUGCUAGGGUCGCAAGCGGUGUGCUAUCCUUUCAUGUAGUUGCUUCUGUUGUGACCUGGGCAUUUAUUGGCUCAUCACAACUGAAAGCAAACUGGACCGCCGGCCACGCCGAAACCCCCGUGAGUGUUCUCAGACAUGUUUUCAAUGGGGCGUGUGUAGGCAUGCUAGGGCUUACUGGAUUUGAGUGCGCUCCUGCGUACGCCGCCAAGAUGAGGCAGGGAUCUUACCCAAGUGUCUUACGCACCCUUCAUUUGUCUGCACUCGUUUUCAAUACCACCAUAUCCAUAUUGGUUUUGGCUUUAGUCCCGCUUGGUGCGGAGAGUCAGGGCAACGUUCUCAGCGUGCUAGCAGACAAGGUGGCAGGGCGUUGGCUGCGAAUAUGGGUAGCUGUUGAUGCCGUCGUUGUGUUGUGUGCUGGAGUUCUCACUGGUGUUCUUACCGCCUGUGAGUUGCUGUGUGAGUUGUCGCGUGACCGUGUUUUGCCCCGUAUAUUUCGAGCGCCCCUACCACUCACCGGCGCGCCUUAUAUGUCUGUGUUAUGUUUUAUUGGCUUUAGCAUUGCGAUCUAUGCUAGCACGGGGGCGAACCUCACGAUCAUCUCUGAGAUGUUUUCUGUGACGUGGCUCGCCGUGAUGAUGCUGUUCCCAAUAUCAUUAAUCUUGCUUCGAUUCUCCCGGCCACGCCUACCUCGAGCUUCGCAAUGUUCGCUGACAGUUAUAAUCGGCGCUAUUGUGGUUUCAACAGUCGUACUCGCCGGAAAUAUCGGCAUAAAUCCUGCAAUCGCAGGGUGGUUUUCGUUGUACUUCUCGAUAUUAGUUAUAGCAUUCUCUGUCGCGAACAACAAAGUUACCAUUCUACGCUGGAUGUAUUGGACAUACGAUCAGCUACCUCUUCUUCACGAGUGGAAAUUGAUCCGUGGCUGGGGGACCUAUCUGAUUAGUCUUAUGAGACGCUUGAAGAGACAGCAAGUAUGUAUAUUCGUUAAUACUGACGAGAUUAACUACUUGUUCAAUAUGAUCCUCUAUGUGCGACAAAAUGAGGAAACCUCUCAUUUGAAGAUUGUAUACUUCUGUAAAGGCACGAUGCUCCCGGAGUUGGAAGCCAACGCGAAGAUUCUCGAUGAAGCAUUCCCCGAAAUUACUAUCGACCUAGUACUGGUAGAGGAACAGUUCACCCCCCAGAAUGUGGCAGCACUGGCGCACCGGUUAAAGACGCCCACAUCACUGAUGUUUAUGAGCUGUCCUGGUCCCAGCUUCCCCUAUUCCGCGGCAGAGUUUGGUACUAGAAUCAUAAGUAUAUGAGCAGGUGGAUGACAGUAUAGUUGUAAUUACCAUGUAUGGAACCCUAUUUGGAUGUCCAGAGAAGCUUGUUCUCACGG